ACAAUCCUUGCCGACUGACGGAUCACGGAACAUCGGCCGUCGUCGUCCGUCGACCGCCACACGAUUUUCAUUUUUCAAUUCAGUCGCGCGCCAACUCUCGCACGCGACAGACGUACGCCUGUUUACAGUAAACUUCGUAUCGUGCGUAAUGCUGUGAUUAAUCCUGAAACUGUCGAGUGAAAUAAUUAGUGAUUGAGAACAAUAUGGUGACCGGUGUAGCUGGUACGCAGGCUAACCCUGCUAGCAAUAUGAACAGUACUAAUACGGUUGAACAGAAGAAGCCGGGAGAUAAUCGGCGGAGCAACAAGCCGAUAAUGGAAAAGAGGCGUCGAGCUCGCAUCAAUAAUUGUCUGAACGAGCUCAAGGCGUUGAUCCUCGACGCAAUGAAAAAAGACCCGGCGAGGCAUUCGAAGCUUGAAAAGGCCGACAUUCUAGAAAUGACGGUGAAGCAUUUAGAGGGCUUGCGUUCUGAGGGGGCGGGAUCGCCUGAUAGAUUUAGAGCGGGCUACAGGCACUGUCUGUCAGAAGUUGCGAAAUUCCCGGGACUGGAAGCUGGUUUGAAGAGGCGCUUAGUGCGACACUUAGAAGGAUGUGUGAGCACUCCUGGGAGUAGACCAGCCGGGGCACCGACACCGCCGUCCGAUGCGGAGGACGUUGUGACUCCUCCACAACAUUCGGCCAUCUUUAUAUCAGCUGGAUCCGGGUCUGGUGUUCGUUUGGUACCAACUCGUUUAUCGAAUGGGGAUAUUGCUUUAGUUCUACCAGCUGGUAUGAGCGCCAGUACGUUAGGACCAGUCCCCACUCUGGUGCCACUUUCUCCCCGGGAUGCAACAUCGUCUGCGUCAUCUGAGCCCCGCUGCUUUUCUCCCGCGAGCUCCGGGUGGGACUCCCCCCCACCGCCGACCGACGAACCUUCCCCCCUUGCCCUGGUAACUCGGAGACCACCAGAAGAAAAACCAUGGCGGCCCUGGUGACGCACCUGCCUUCCAUUCCUUUGCCUGAAAACUGUGAUAAAUAGUUUAAUGUAGAUUUAUAUUUGGUUUGAGUGAUAGUACAUUAAAGUUCCUAAUACAUCGUUUUGUGAAUUGUGGUCAGUACAAUAGAUAAGUUUGUGAUUGAAUGAAUAAAUAGGUUAUGAUUCUAUACCUAGUUUUGUGUGUAUGUAUGUUUUGCCAUUUAGUUUAGUGUUAGGUCUUCCUUAAGAAUAAGUUAAGUGAUUGUAAAUUUUCGUGAAUGACAUCUGAGGCAGUAUUUCAUAUAGAGGGACGAUAUGUCCAAUAUAUUAAAAGAAAUAUAUUUUAUGUUAAUAAAGCACUAAGUGCCAUAUAGAUGAAGCUAUUAUAGCACGCGUUCUUUGAUUAAAAAAAUAAUCAACAAAUUUACUGCACAGUGCAGUGUUAUUUUGUAUAAAUUAUAUAAAAUUAUUUAGUUUUCACAAUAUACCUAAUUAAAGAAUUCUGUGUGCCUUAUGAAUACAGCAAAGUCGUAUAGUCUUCCAUUCGUUAAUAUGUAAGAUAGAUUAUUAUCUGCAUCUGACGAUAGUUAUUGAGUAAUCUAUUUUAAUUAACAUAGUUAUAAAGCUAUAAUUAUAUAGUGCUUCGUAUAUUCAAUUAAAUGUUUAUUACAUAGCAAAAUAGUUAAGAAAUCUUGGAUAAAUAUGCUACAAAUAACUUACUUUCAUUGUUCAGUUUGUUACCAAUAUACAGUCUCUGUCUUCCUUUAUAAGUUACCUUUAUGGACAGUAAUUGUAUGCAAUAUAAUAAUUAAUAAGUACAUUAUAUUUAUUUGAUAGUGUUAAAUGCUGUAUUCAUUUAUAGUAAAUGUAAAUAAGCCAGUUUCGUUCAUCACUAAUUUAAGUGUUACUGAGUAAAUGACGUGAUGUAAUUAAAGAAAAUUAUCUUUGUAGUUUAUAUUAUAAACAGAGAAACAAACUGUAAAUAUUUAAGUUAAAGUGAUACUAUGAUAAGCAUAAUUUAAGUUCAUGUGAAGUACCUAAAAGACAGUAAGCGAUAAUGUGGAAUAAAUAUUUGAA